ACGUAACCACAAACUAUUGUUUACAGUGGUGAAGUUUGAGUGCUGGCGCUUAAUGAACUAGACGAUAAAAACUGAAAAAAAUGGUCUCAAAGGAAAUUUUAACUUUACAAUUCGGUCAUUAUGCCAACUUUGUGGGUACGCAUUGGUGGAACAUUCAGGAGUCCAGCUUUCAGUACGAUUCAGCUGCACCCUCUGAAAUAGACCACAAUGUGCUGUUUAGGGAAGGAAUUACCCCAGCGGGCCAAGUGACGUUUACCCCAAGGCUCCUACUUGUUGACCUGAAGAACAGCCUGAAAACCUUACCCAUACAGGGCGAUCUGUAUGAAGAGCCCCCAGAUCCUUCUCAGCUGUUUAUGAAAUGGGAAGGCCAUAAAAUCGAGCUCCAAGAGGCGCCGCGCGAAUCAAAGAACGCCUUCCAAACGGACAUCAACAACGCCAGUGCGUUACCGACCGUUGCCACAAAGAAGUACAAUCUUGAGCAAGAUGUACAAGUCUGGUCCGAUUUCCUCUACUCAAGGUUCCACCCAAGGACUGUGAAUGUUAUCAAGCAGUAUCAGCACUGCAAUGCUGAAACGCCUUUCGAUAGUUACAGCCUGGGGGCGGCUUUAUGGAAAAGCGAAGUGUUUGAGGAUCGAUUCUCUGAUGAUAUCCGGAGAUAUGUUGAAGAAUGCGAUUAUUUUCAAGGUUUUCAUAUACUUACAGAUUGCACCAAUGGCUUUGCUGGCCUUUCCUCAGCCUGUCUAGAGCACAUAAGGGACGAAUAUGAUCGAAAGUCGGUGCUGGUUUUGCCGACCAUUCCAGCACAUUUUCCCGACAAUGAUUUCCAGACUGCUCACGAACAGGUUUAUUCGCUCAUGAAUGACUCCACACGAGUCAUUAAUCUGCUGCUAUCUUUUAACACGUACCGCGAGUUCAGUAGCAUGUUUGUGCCUUUGUGUACCAGUGAGGCUGGAUGGCGACAGCCCGGGUUACCUCGGCAAUUCUACCAUACCCAAUAUAAUCACAAAUUGCCGUACCAUUCAAGCGCCUUUUUAGCCGCUGCCUUGGACACAAUUUCGCUGAAAUAUAGACUGGAAUCUUCCACUUUUUCCCUGUCUGAUCUCUGUGCCGAUUUGACUGCAAACGACCGCAAAGCAGCGGCAGGCAGCCUUUGUAUGCCGUUCUCUCUUAACGCAGAUGCGGAUUUAAUUGACUGUCUGGACCAAUGGGAGGGGCCUUUAUACAAAAGCAUCACUCCAAGAUGUUCCAUAGGCACGGAAAGAGUGAUGCAACAUCUGAUGUUACGAGGAGUACCAGAGACCAGACUGAAAAAGCCUCCAAACAAAGCGGGCAAGCAAAAGGCGAUGGCAGCCUACAAUUGCAAGUCGGUCAAGGAUAUGUUGGAGCUUUUCCUGGCUUGUUCUACGUAUGCGACUGCAAGUCACGUAUCCACAAUAAGCGAGGCUAUGUCAACUAAAAAUCCCUUUCCCGAUCUGUUUGAUGACCGCAUUGGGGUGCAUGGGAAUGUGUCUGCCAUCCCACGGCUGGAACACACACGAGUCGAGUCAGUGCCAAUCCUGGCCGGGCUUCAUUCUGGCAGCGAAAUCGGGCAAAUGUUUGAAUCUCUACACACUGAGGCCAAAAAGCUGAAAAUUGCCCGCUUUAAUCAAUUCACCUUGGAAGCUGAUGAAUAUGAGGACGCUCUGAACAGCGUCAUGACACUGAGAGAGAACUACGAAGACAGCUUUUUAGUGUAGUUCACAGCUCAAUAAAGUUCGCUUUUCUACAA